CGGUUGUUUGGCUAAUAAUGCAGUUUAAUAAAGAAAGCUUAAGCAACCUAAGACAAAAGCAGCAGUAACGCCAUAACUACUCCGUGAUGAUAUGCGUGAAUAUAAGACCCCGUCAUUUUGUUACCAAUCAUAGGAAAACCACUGAAUUUUUCACUCUCUGCUUUGAAUAUUGGAGAGGCUACAAUUGUCAAGUUUUCUCUUCGCUCUCGAAGAUCUUGUUAGUGGAGGUCGUCUCUUCACUGAUCAUGACUGGACGUCAGAUCACAGCUGCAUGAGGAUUAGCUGGAAACUCGUUAAUGGAGGGCCAAAUUUAGACGUCUCUGAAACCGACAAAAAUCUGAAGAAAGAAAAUCCAAAUCCAUUCACGGUUUGUCCGCGAAUAUAGAUUUCUCUCUGCACAGCACUGCACUGCACAUGGAGUCAGGGAAGAAUCUCCGGGAGACCUCAAACAUUCUUCGGAAGGGACUCUGAAUUUUCAAUCCUCAACGUCUGGUUCGUUUGCGCAGAAGCGGGAGAGGAGGUCAGAGAUGGGGGCGGUCGCUGGGGAGGAGCUAAUGCAAGCACCAAGCGGCCUUGAUGAGAGAAUUCUAGUUUCAGUUCGCGUACGGCCUUUGAAUGUAAAGGAGACUGCAAGAAAUGAUGUGUCUGAUUGGGAAUGUAUCAAUGAUACCACCAUCAUAUACAGGAACAGCCUCUCAGUUUCAGAGCGCUCCAUGUAUCCAACUGCCUAUACCUUCGACAGAGUAUUUAGCCCUGAUUGCUCAUCAAGACAGGUGUACAAGGAAGGUGCCAGGGAAGUUGCUCUUUCUGUUGUUAGUGGUAUAAAUUCAAGCGUUUUUGCUUAUGGACAAACAAGCAGUGGAAAGACAUACACCAUGAGUGGCAUCACUGAGUAUGCCAUAGCAGACAUUUAUGACUACAUAGACAAGCACAAGGAAAGAGAAUUUGUAUUGAAGUUUUCUGCCAUGGAGAUCUACAACGAGUCUGUCAGAGAUCUCCUCAGCGCAGAUAGCUCCCCACUUCGACUUUUAGAUGAUCCGGAGAAAGGAACCAUUGUUGAGAAACUCACUGAGGAAACUUUAAGGGAUUGGAAUCACUUCAAAGAACUUCUAUCCAUCUGCGAAGCUCAAAGACAAAUAGGGGAGACUUUGCUGAAUGAAACAAGCUCCAGAUCUCAUCAGAUCUUGAGAGUGAGUAUUGAAAGUUCUGCAUUGGAAUUUUUGAGCAACGACAAAUCCAGCAUGCUUGCAGCCACUGUGAACUUUGUUGAUCUAGCAGGCAGUGAGCGCGCAUCUCAGUCAUUAUCUGCUGGCACACGGUUGAAAGAAGGCUGUCACAUAAAUCGAAGUUUACUGACACUUGGAACUGUUGUUCGUAAGUUAAGCAAAGGAAGAAAUGGGCAUGUUCCUUUCAGAGAUUCAAAGCUAACCCGCAUACUGCAGUCCUCAUUAGGAGGCAAUGCUAGAACUGCCAUCAUUUGUACCAUGAGCCCUGCACGAAGCCAUGUUGAGCAAUCAAGAAACACACUCUUGUUUGCAAGCUGUGCUAAAGAAGUGACGACUAAUGCACAGGUGAAUGUAGUUGUAACUGAUAAAGCAUUGGUUAAGCAAUUGCAGAAGGAAUUGGCUAGGCUGGAGAGUGAGUUAAAAAGUUCAAGACCAACUUCAACUACAUCUGAUUUGGCUGCAAAACUGCAGGAGAAAGACCUUCAAAUUGAAAAGCUAGAAAAAGAUGUAAUGGAGCUGACUCGGCAGCGAGACCUUGCACAUGCUCAUGUUGAAGAUCUGCUGCAAGCAGCUGAAGAUGAUGAACCUUCAAUAGUAUUGCAGGAAGAUCAUCGGUACCCUAAAUUGCGAGUACGAAGUUCUCGGAAAUUUGACAAUUCAAUGUUGGAGUUGCCCAUUUAUGUGAACCCUAGAUGCCUUGAUGGUAGUGUCGGGUCUUUUGAUGCAUCUCAGUAUUCAGAUGGGCAUAGUAGUCGCUCUGAUGACAGUUUUAUCCAACUUCCAGAGUUUGAAGGCAACUUUCAACAUAUCAAUUGCUCUCCGCAACUGUCAAUUAGUGUUUCUAAUUAUGGUGAAAAUGAUCAGCACGGGGAGGAUAUUGAAGAACCUACUUAUGAAAUUUCUGAACAUCAUUGCAAGGAAGUUCGAUGUGUUGAGAUACAAGAGACAAAUCAUAACAAGUACAACAUUUUAGAGUCUAACAAAAACAUGCGUGUUGAUUCUAACACCGCAUCUCCUGCUCGGACCAUAGCUACUUCUGGAUUGACGGUUCUUGAGAAUGAAGGUACAGCAGAUGAAAAAAUAGGGUCUCUCAAAUGUAAGGAUCAGAAACUUUUGAAUAGGAUCCGUCCUUUAGUUCUCGAGUCUCUUGAAAAACCAUGUCCUUACAUGCUUGACAAGGAUAAUUUGUACACCAGCAUCUUGAAGUUAACCCGGAGUAGAAGCUGCAAAGCAAGACUCAUGUCUAAUAUGUCCUCACGUUGGUUUGAGAAAACAGAUAGUAAUGAAAGCACUCCCCAAAAUUUGGUUGAGAAAGAUUUCACUGGUAGACCUCAGAAUUAUGAAAGGAAAUUGGUAGCAUUGCAGUUCGAUUUCAAUACUGAGGGGUUAUCAAGCAAUGCUUCACAAAAUUCUGUGAGGAGUACUUCGGUCGACGAGCAUCAGAUGAAAGAUGUUGAAAUGGUAGAUGCUGAGGAGAAAGCCAGACUCUGUAACAUAGAUGCAGGACCGAAGGAAGUGUCUGAUGUUCAGGAUGAGAGGCAACUUGGUGAUCAUCUGGUACAGGAGACAGAACCAAAGACCAUUGUACCUGAUGAGAGGAAUGUGAAAGAUGUUGGUUUGGAACCAGUACAGAAUGAUGUAGGAAGUCCUUCAGAAAUGAAGAGGCUCCCAAAAGAUGCAAGAGAUGUUGGCUUGGACCCAAUACAGGAUGAAUCAAGAAGUCCCUUGGAGUGGCCUUCAGAAUUCAAGAGGCUCCAAAGAGAGAUUAUUGAACUGUGGCAUGCUUGCAAUAUCUCUCUGGUUCACCGAACAUUCUUCUUCUUGUUAUUUAAGGGUGAACCGACAGAUUCUACCUACAUGGAGCUCGAACUCAGAAUGCUCUCUUCCCUUAAGGAAACGUAUUUUAAGGAGAACAAUGCUCUAGAUGAUGGUCAAACGCCAACACUUGCUUCAAGCAUGCGGGCUUUACGUCAAGAGAGGCAGACGCUGAGCAAGCAAAUGCAUAGGAGGCUUUCUAGAGAAGAAAGAGAGAAUCUUUUCCUUAAGUGGGGUAUCAAGUUGAAUUCAAAUCAUAGAACAUUGCAGUUGUCCCACCGCUUGUGGACUAAUACAACAGAUAUGAAGCACAUUACAGAGAGUGCCACCAUUGUUGCAAAGGUUGUUGGUUUUGUACAGCCAGGAAAAGCUUUCACGGACAUCGCUGGGCUCAACUUCGCACAGGAAAGCACAACCAGAAAAUAUUCUAUUUGGAUGCGCAAUUUAAUGAAGCCUAAACUUAUGAAGCGCAGCAUGAUGUCCCUCUUGUAAGGUUAGAGUUCAAAUUUAUGAGUUCUUUUUUUGUGGUUAAUUGUUGGUCUCAAUUAACACGUACAGUUUCACUCUUAACAAAUCUUCACCACCCACGUUCUAAUUCACUGGAUUGGUUUACGAAAUCUUGUAAUUAGUUUCUGCUAAAGGUGGUGCGUAAUUGUAAUGCUGUUGUUUUCCUUCUGUUUUGUAAACUGCUACUCCAAUAGCAAAUAAUACUCUGAGAGAAAUGUACCAAUACGAGAGUUUAAUGUGUUACAUUACAUAUUGCGAGCCCUUGACUGUUGACAUUUGGU